UAGAUGCCAAAACACUGCCUCGCCAAUUCUGCCGCCUUUUGCUGCAGUAUAACUACCAACCUGGAAGACUCGAUCGUUUUCCCUAGAGUCCUCUCGUAGUCCUUCGCGAAAUUUCUAGACAGCCAUCACCAUCAUGCGCGGCAGAUCUCUUUCCCCAGCGGUGUUCCACAGGCGAAGCAGGAGCCAAUCGGUAGCCCCUGCACUCGACGACAUCUUAUUUCCAAAGUCGUUCGAGGAUGAGUGGGAGUUAGCAGAUGCUCGCAAGACAGAUCUUGAGAGGGCUCGCUUCUUCAUGAUCCGGUUCGGCAACACGAGCAAAGACCCCAUGAUACAGAUCGAGCUCUUAGCAAUUGCGUCGAAUCAGCACAAUCGGACAGUCCCAGCAUUGGCUUUUGCAGUUCAGACGAGGAUAUUCGCAAACCGCCAUGCCACCUUCGCAGCGACUCCUCUGCUGCAAUGUAUGCGCUUUUUACUCAUCAAGGCCCGGGUUUCAGAAGUCAUGUUCUCCGACCGAACCAAAGUUGUCCUUGAUUUCUUCUUCGACCCCGCCAUGGCGAGAAAUCUAGACUCACUCCCGAGGGACCCGAUUGUCUACAAGUACCCUGCAGCACAUCUGAAGGUCGCAAUCGCCGGCGGUGGCCCGACGGCCCUAUCUUCUGCCAUCUCGUUGGCCGAAAAGGGUGCGGGAAAGGUCGAGGUCCAUAUGUAUGAAAGGCGCUGGGUAGCGAAAACCGGUCCCAAUGGCACCUACAUCGACUAUCCUCCCACCGCGAGGCGACGCGACCAAGUUGUGACAUUGCAAGAUUCUGUCACGACCUUGAUGAGCAUAGCAACGCGAGAAGCCCUCUUCGAGGGACGCCCAGAGAACGUUUGGCCCGGCUCUGCCAACAUCCAGAUUCGAAAAGUCGAGGACCGUCUCCUCAAACGGUGUCAAGCUGAGGAGUUCCGCGGCCUCAUCCAUCUGCACCCGGAAGGGGUAGAGAGAGAUAGCCUCUCCAAAGUUGGCGACUUCCACGUGUUGCUUGGCGCUGAUGGUGCUGCUUCCUGGGUUCGAAAGUCGUACUUCGAGGGCUAUGAGAAAGAGCGAGGGAGGAGUUAUGCGCUCGGUCUGGCUUUCGAUCGCCCUGAGGGAUUGCCCUGGUCUCAGCCCUUGAAUAUGUUUCUGACUCUCGGGCAAACUCGCUAUCUCCUCAACGCAAGUAAUUUUGACGGCAGGGGCUACCUUAACAUGCAACUCACAGAGGAGGAGUGGCACAAGAUGGUCUCUGUUGACGGUCAGCCUGUCACUUUUGGGAACCCCGGUUGCUUACGACUUGAUGGGAAAGUGCCAGCCGGCUUCAAAGAAAGCCAGGUUUUCGCGCCAUCCGAGGAUAGAGAGAGCCUGCUCUGGAAGUCGAUUGAAGACGGUUUGAAGCUGUUUGGCUUCAAGGAAAGCGAAGUUAUCAAUGUCGUGCGGAUCCCAAUCGUGGUGCAGGCUGUCAGGGAGGGUGUCCAACAUCUUCCUCAGGGAGAUGUCCAGGGUAUUAAUCGUCCACACGCACUCGUUGCCGUGGCUGGCGAUGCUGCAAUGACAGUUCACUUCUGGCCUGGCAGAGGACUGAACAGCGGUAUCAAGUCCGGAAUCGCUUUGGGGGAUGAAAUCGUCCAUGCGCUCAAUAGUGGCCGAUUUAUCGGCCUGCCACUGGCGGCGAUGAAGGAGUACAACGACUUCAUCCUCAAACUUCAGGGACGUGAGCAUGAUAAACGCAGCAUCCCAAUCCUCAACCAAUCGGGAACACCGGAAACGCUGGGCUGGCUGUUGAGCAAAGCGUAUACUGUCCCGGACAAUGUCGCCAUUGAGUGGUUGGUUGGUGCGAUGAUGCAGAUCGCGGAUCGCCUUCAGGAACGGGCGGACUGGCCCUUUGAACCCAUCGCGAACAUUGAGCCACAGCUACGCAUCGUCUUACGACAGCUCACAUCGUUAACUCUCAAGGAGAUGGCUGUCAGCUUUCCAUGGCCGACAAGGGAGAUGGGUGGAGCAGAGGUCCUCCCUAUUCGAUCGAUGAAACCCGAAGAGAAGAACAAGUGGCUCCAACAACUAUUCGCUUUGAUACAAGACGGGCCGAGCAAGGGGACAGCCAAUCGAUCUCGGUCGCCCUCUUCGUCUCGCUUCGAAGCACCACGUGGUGUUUCUCCUAUACCGUUGUCUCCUCCUCCCGGACCGCGAUCUCCCUCGCCCAGUCAUUUAGAACCGACGCUACAACGAAGCAAUGCGGCACGAUCGCCAUCUCCAGUUCGCUUCGACCAGAUCAAUCUGACGGUGCCAACGGAUAAUGAAACGCCAAAACGGCCGCGAUCGUCAUCCUCUGGCGAAGCAUCUUUGGUCAGGUUACUCAGCGUCACUCAACGCCCAGGCCGUGCGAUGCUAGCCGACGCCAUGUCGUUGGCGCUCUUUCGUGUAGAUGAAUAAGUUUGAAUGCAUUUGUCUAGUUAGUGAUUAAUAUCUUGUGUUCUCGUUGUAAAGUAGAAGGCGUUACCGCCCAGCUCGUCGCGGGGAAUCCGGGUUAUUCUCUUUCCUGACACGAAUGUUUGCUCUUCCCAACUCUCUCUCUCACGUGACCAGCGCCGCCUUUGCUUAGUGUUGGAACUGAGUGUACGCUGGUACACUGUAGUUUAUAUACCAGAUGUAUAUAUAGAGUGCUUACCCCGCGUAAGCUGAAAAAUCAAGUCGUCAACCUCCAAAACAUUGCAACA